AUUCACUAACACAAUGUUCCUGAACUGAAGAGGCUUGGGUUCAUUUCCAUAACUGUGGAAAAAUGUUAACCAGUGAAAGAGCCCAUUUUUGGUCAAGAGGAAUUUCACGAAGCAAGUCUGAAGGAAAUUUGAUGGAAAUGGAAGCCCGAAAAUCCUCAAAAAAUUGCAAUAUCAAAGAAUGCCCAGACCCAAGUUUGUGUCUCAAUUGGCCAGAUGUUUUCACACUUCACGGCAAUAAUGUUUCCAAAGCUACAAACCCAUUCUGGAAUGAACUGUCUGCUUCGAACCCAUUUUUGGAUGAUAUAACUCAGCUAAGAAACAACCGGAAGAAAGAUAAUAUUUCCAUCUUGAAGGAAGAUCCUUUUCUGUUUUUUAGAGAAAUAGAAACUGGAAAUUCUUUUGAUUCCUCUGGUGAUGAACUCGUGCAUGAGUGGCUUAAGCAGCCUUCCUCAGGGAGAUCCCCAAAAUCUAAAAGUGUCUCAGAACUUUUGGACAUUUUAGAUGACACAGCCCAUGCCCAUCAGACUAUAUGUAACUCCAGCCAGAUCCUAGAACAAGAUUUAGAAUGGCUUCAGAAUGAUCGAGAGGCUUAUAAAAUGGCAUGGUUAAGUCAACGCCAGCUGGCCCGCUCCUGCCUGGAUCUGAAUACAAUUCAUCAGAGUCCUGGAUGGGCCCAAACCCAGGCUGCGGAGACUGUGAUGGUCUGUAAAUUAAGCCACCGGGGAGGGUCAGUACAGUUACCUGAAUCAGAUAUCACCAUUCAUGUGCCCCAGGGUCACGUAGCUGUGGGAGAGUUCCAAAAGGUGUCUCUAAGGGUUUUUCUUGACCCUCCACAAAUGCUUAAUCACGCUCUUUCAUGCACCGUAAGCCCACUGUUGGAAAUCAUGUUAGGCAACCUUAACACAAUGGGAGCCAUUUUGCUGGAGAUGAAAAUCGGGGCUGAAGUAAGAAAGGAUCCUUUCAGCCAAGUCAUGACAGAAAUGGUGUGUUUACACAGCCUGAGUAAAGAAGGCCCUUUCAACGUGUUAAACAACUGCUACAUUUAUAAAGACACCAUCCAAGUCAAGCUAAUAGAUUUGAGUCAGGUGAUGUAUCUAGUGGUUGCUGCGCAAGCCAAAGCGCCUCAGUCACCAGCUGCCACCAUCUGGGAUUAUAUCCACAAGACCACCUCAGUUGGAGUUUAUGGGCCCAAAUAUAUCCAUCCCAGUUUCACUACUGUUUUCACAGUUUGUGGACACGGUUAUAUGCCAAGAAAGCUUACAAUCUCUGAUAUUAAGAAGGGUGGAAAAAACACAUCUCCAGUUGUGUUUCAGCUCUGGGGGAAGCAAUCAUUCUUACUUGACAAGCCACAAGAUUUAAAUAUUUCUGUUUUUUCAUGUGAUCCUGAUUUUGAAGUAAAGCCAGAAGGAGAAAGAAAAGAAAUUAAACAGAAGCAGUUGCAAGCAAGUCAGGUGGUUCAUAAACAAUUUUUAUUUUCUUUAGUUGACUCCAGAGCAAUGCACUUGUUCGUUUUCCGUGUUCAGCUAGAGCCUCCCAAUGGCAGACCAGUUACACAGUUCCUUAUCACUACGCCUAGUCCAGCCCCAAACCUAAAAAGACACUCAAAUCUGCCAGGUGAUUUGCAGAAGAAGGAAAUCAAGUCUGCUUCUUCAUUUCCAGCAGUGCACAUUAAAUAUCCUACAUUUCAAGACAAAAAGUUGAACUUUGCCGAUUAUGGAGUAACUCUGAAGACGGUGCUAAGACAAAACAAGAUUGACUACUUGCUUGAAUAUUUCCAAGGGGACACGAUAGCUCUUCUUGGGGAAGGGAAGGUAAGAGCCAUCGGGCGGUCCAAAGUGAAAGAGUGGUAUGUGGGAGUCCUGAGAGGUAAGAUUGGACUUGUACAUUGCAAAAAUGUCAAGGUGAUUGCAAAGGAACAAGUAAUGUCAGUGUCAGACAGUGUCUUCACAACCAGGAACCUUCUUGAACAAAUUGUCCUGCCCUUUAAAAAACUGACUUAUAUCUACUCAGUUGUAUUGACCUUGGUGUCAGAAAAAGUUUAUGACUGGAAAGUUUUAGCUGCUGUCCUGGGUUACUCACAUCUCACACUGGAAGAUUUUGAUCGGAUACAAACAGAUGAAGAAUCAGAAAAAGUUUCUUGUGUUUUAAAGAAGUUAAAAGAAGAUUGCCAUGCAGACAAGAACACCAGAAAGUUUCUUUAUGAACUCGUUGUGGCUCUGCUGAAGAUGGAUUGCCAGGGAUUAGUGGCACAUAUCAUCCAAGAGGCUGCUAUCCUGACUUCAGCUGUCAAGCUGGGAAAAGGCUGGAGGGAACUAGCUCAAAAGCUGGUACGACUCACAAAGCGACAAAUGGAGGCAUAUGAAAUUCCUCACCGAGGAAAAGCUGGAGAUGUUGCUGUUGAGAUGAUGUGGAAACCUGCUUAUGACUUUCUCUAUACUUGGGGCGCUCACUACGGAACUAGCUAUAGAGACGUGCUACAGGACCUUCAAUCAGCUUUGGACAGAAUGAGAAACCCUGUGACCAAACAAUGGCGGGACCUAACUGGAGUUCUACUGCUAGUACAUUCUUUAGAGGCUCUGAGAGCCACUGCGUUCUCCCCUUCGGAGGAAGUAUAGAAAUGAAGGAAAUCCUUUCCUGCUCUUCCAUACGAAGUGUCUCCUCACGUGCGUGG